AAAAAACAAAAACAAAAAAAAAAAUUGGUCAUGGAGACGAAGCCAAAGAGAUCGAUCACUGAUCAUUUCGCCAUUGUACCAAAAGAAAAGAAAAAGGAGGUCAAGAUUCAUCCCUUGUUCACAAAAAAUAUGACCAAGAAGCCAGUGUCUCCUCCUCCACCACCAACACCACCAACACCACCAACACUACCAACACUACCAACACCAGCAGCACCAACACUAGCAGCGGCACAGCCUACACGCACAAAAAAAUCCACCGAAAAAAUAAGACGAGCCAAAAAGAUUAAAACCAAUAAACAGUUGGAUAUAUUAAAUGCCACUGUCGAUACCCGUGGUUUCUUCCGAUCUAUAAAACAAGCUCGAGAAAACCGACACUCCUAUCCUCUCGAACCUCUAUGCGAACCCCCACCCCUAUUUGAUAAUCAAGCCAUUCAAGAUUUAAUGAACCUAAAUUAUCCACAAUGGCAAAGUAAUGCUAGCUGUAAACUAUUGUUCGAUUCCAUCAACUUUCGUCCCAACCUCAAAAUCCCAUGGUGUGACAAGUACAGACCAAACUGCGUCGACGGUUUAGUCGUAGCUGAUCUACCGGACCUUCAGUAUCUGCGAGACUGGCUAGAGACCUUGAAAAUCAGAAAGGAUCCAGACAGAAAAAACGUGGGAUCCCUACAAGGUGAAGACGAGCCUUUUAAUCUCGUCUUGCUUGUCGGCUGCCAUGGUAUCGGAAAAACUGCCGCUGUCUAUACCGCUGCCAAGGAAACAGGCUACUCUAUUUUUGAAAUAAACGCUUCCUCAAGACGUACAGGUAAAGAUGUCAUCAAACAAGUCGGCGAAAUGACCGCAAGCCAUCUCGUUCGCUUCGAUCAUCAGCAAAAAAAACGUAAAACUGGCGAAACCAUCAUCAUUCGAGAUACUGUCAAAAAGUCCAAAAAAAUCGAUAUCGCAUCCCAUUUUAAACGAAUGCUUACCAUGUCUUCAGCCAACAUACCACCAGAAAAAGAAGCAGAUGCGGUGAUGGAGGACGUUACAUCGAUUAACGGUACGUCUGAAAAAGUGGCAAUAGAGGAAGACACCGUUAUGGAAGAGGCAAAGCCCAUCAUCAAUAAUACGAUCACAUCCUUCUUCAAAAAAGCGAUACAGACUCCUCCUCCUCCUCCUCCCCCUUCUCCGCCAGCAGCAGUAGUAGAGGAAGAUGUUAGUUUGGUCCAAGUGAAACCUGUUAACAAUACGAUUACCUCCUUUUUUAAAAAGUCGGUGCAAAAAACCGCAACCACCGAAUCCAGUAUCUCCACGACAGAGUCCAUUAUGACCACCACUGAAAACACUACGACCACCACUGAUACCACUAUGACUACCACUGAAUGUCAAACUGCCACAACAGAAUCGAGCACGACCGCCGCAAAAGUCAGCGCAGAGUCAUUAACUGAGACCGAAGCCGAAUCUAUGGAUGAGGAAGCGAACAUCAAGGAUGAGCAUAAGCAGAGUCUCGUGCUAUUGGAAGAGGUGGAUAUUUUAUUUGAAGAAGAUAAGGGCUUUUGGCCAGCAGUGAUUGAAUUAUGUCAAAAGAGUAGACGACCCAUUAUAAUGACAUGCAAUGAUGACUCAGAAAUCCCGUUUGAGCAGUUAAAUAUCCAGACCACAAUCUAUUUUGAGAUACCCGAAAAGCAAAGCAUGCUGGCUUACGUGCAAUUAAUCUGCUGCUCAGAAAAUAAGACGGUAGAGCCAUAUGACUUGGAAUUUCUGUGUGAAUUGUAUCAUUAUGAUAUUCGAAAGGUCAUUCAGACAUUGCAGCUAUGGCUCAAUGAUGAUAACAGAUAUCUAUUUGCUCGUGUCAUGGGGUUUUUGGAUUUGUUAUGGAUACAAGAAAACGAUACGCUCGGGAUUUUAAUGGAUAGAUUAAAAGGAUCCAGUGCAAAAACAAUUGAACUAUGUAUAGAUUACAUUACAUCAAAACAAGGGCAGCAUAGACAAGAAAAGGUCAUGGGAAUAGAAGAUAUACAUAAAAGGAUGGAAAACGCAGCUUAUGCGGACGCAUGGAUUGAAUUCACCGAUAAACAGAGACAUCAGAUUUAUGCAUAUUCUGCAAAUAAAAUUCGCUAGUGAUCAAUCUUUUUUUUUUUCGAUUCCAUAGCUUUAGCGAGAACUUCUACACAUGCUGCUUCAAUUAAU